UCAGUCCAGUGCGUUACACUGAGCGUGAUUCCGUUCUUCGUCGAGGCAGCUCGAGCAUAAAGAAAAAUAAUACGUAAAUAGUUGAGAGUUUGAGAAAAUAUCUUCAAUACUGCGAGCUGUGUUUCAAUGGGGGAUCACGACUCAAACUUGGACUUCAUUGUGCAAAAUGAGAAGAGUCGAGAGUUCGACCUGGAAGAGGUGGUCAACAAGGAUGUCAGCACGAACGAUAAGUUUUAUCACAGACUUGUGAUUCCCAACCUGUUGUACUUAUUCGCCCUCCACGUGGGUGCAGUAAUUGGUAUUUACCACCUACUGGUGAACGCCAAGAUACUCACAAUAAUAUGGGCGGGUUUCAUGGUGUUCUGUACCUUGGAAGCUGUAACAUUGGGGGCCCAUCGAUACUAUUCUCACAAGAGUUUCAAGGCCACAACGUCUCUCAGGCUGGCCAUGAUCAUUUUUCAAACGGCUGCUGGACAGAACAGCAUGUAUACCUGGGCAAGAGACCAUAGGCUGCAUCACAAAUACAGCGACACGGACGCUGAUCCUCACAAUUCCACCAGAGGAUUUUUCUUUUCCCAUGUCGGCUGGUUGAUGUUCAAGAAACAUCCUCUCGUUAAAGAGAAAACCAAGUGCAUCGACGUCUCGGAUCUACUCGAUGACAAAAUCGUCAUGUUUCAAUACAAAUAUUACGUACCGUUUUACAUACUUGUGGGAUUUCUUUUUCCCACUUAUUUGCCAGUUUUCUGUUGGAAUGAAAAUUGGUGGACUUCCUUUUACGUCGCAUACUGUCUUCGCUACGUCAUCGUCCUUAAUGUAACUUGGAGCGUAAAUUCUGUCGCUCACAUGUUCGGCACAAAGCCCUACGACAAAAGAAUCGCCUCCGUCGAGUCCAAUCUCGUUUCAUUUCUGACCGGAGGAGAUGGAUGGCACAAUUACCAUCACAGUUUUCCCGGGGAUUGGAGAGCUGGAGAAUUCAGUCAACGGGAUGGUAUCAACACCAAGUUCUUGCAGACUCUGGCGAAUUACGGAUUCGCCUACGAUUUAAGAACGGUCUCGGACUCGGUGGUCGAAGGGCGUAUCAAGAAGCACGGCGACGGAACGCAUUCGGUUAUGAACCAGGGCUGCAAAAUUAUUGAUUGAAAAGUAAGUCAUGAUCCGUGACCGAAAUAAUGAGUAAUAAGUGAAAACUAAUAUUUGCAGUUACAUUAUUGUCGCUGAUUCUUGUACGUGUCGUAAGCCAAUAAAUACCGAUCGAAUACAUCUA